UCGAAAUGCUACUAUUAGAUUUUUGCGCGCUAAGAGCAGCUGUUGUUUGUUGCUAGGCCUAAAGUAAUUUUGCACAUUUAUUCAAACGAACUAAGUAAUGCGCUUUACCAUGAACCUGCCAAGCACGCCAGAUGAACUGGACGCCCAGCACAAGGACCUGCUCAAGGACUCCAGCUGCUGGCACUCGAUUCCCCUGCUGAACUACACGCCACUUCACAAACUAAAGGAUCAGACGCUGGUGCGGUUUCGUGGCAUGAUUCAAGACAUGAUGGACCCAGAGAUCUACCUGGAGCGCUACGAGAUAAAGUCCCCCGAUGGUGGUAAGCGCCUGCAGGACGGAAAGUACAGGGACUGCUUGAAACUGGCCAAUGGUGAAGAGAUCGACUACAAUGGCGAGAGUAACGUGCAUGGCGAGAGGCGAACCAUGUUUUUGGUCUCCGUGCCGGGCUUGAAUGACUGGAGCAAGGAACACGAGAAACAGUGCUGUCCACAGAUAAAGCUAUGCAGUGUAUCUGAAUCUUCAAUGUCGGCCAAAAAGCGAGCUUUGGACGAAGAGGAGGCAAUGGAGGUAGACGGAGCUAGCGAGACCACAAUCAAACGGCAAUGUGUUAAGGCGGUCCAGGCGGAAGAGAAGCCCUCGGCUGCUUCGGGGUCUUCUGUUCUCAGUUCCGAGUAUCUGCUUAAUUCGCCACUGCCUGACCGUCCAAGCAUGGCCUGCAUGGUGAAGGUUUAUGAGGAUUUCGACACCUACCAACUCAACACUCUAGUGGACUUUGUGGGCUUUCUAUCAGUGGAUUCCUCGCUGGACGCCGCUACCCUGGAGGUUGACGAUUGCGAAAACUUGAGUGUGCUGCAAGCAACUCAUCCAUCGCCCUUUCUCAUACCCCGAAUACAUGCCUUUGGCUUCAAGUUGCUGCCACAUGCCAAUCCUCUGCUGGAUGAGAGUCUGCGACAACCAAUGGAGCCAUGUGAAGAGGCGAAUCCAUCCCAGAUGGCCGUGCACAAGGAUCUGCGCAUGCUACUCAAACUCUGCCUGUUUGACGACGAUCUGGCUGCCGAGUAUUUGCUCUCUCAUUUGAUUUCAACUGUCUACAGCCGUUCCGAGAUGCAAAGCAUCGGAAAGUUUGCUCUAAACAUUUGUAACCUACCCAAGGAAUGCCUGCAGUAUUUCACAACCAAGCUGUACGAAAUUCUAGAGCUUCUACUGCCGGCCAGCCAUUACCUGCCAAUGACCCUAGAGACGAUGAACACUGCUUCCUUUGCCCCAAAAAAGGACUAUGAGACCAACAAGCUGGUAUCCGGCGUACUACAGUUGGCGCCCCACACACAUCUUGUGCUCGAUGAGACGUGCAUGAGUCAAGGAAAGCUGGAGGCCAAUGGUGUUCUUGCCGUCCAGCACUUGGCUCAUCUGAUCAACAACCAGGAGCUUAACUGUGACUUCCAGUAUUACCAAAUCGGCUACCACGCGAACAUUCCGGUUCUCGUCCUUAGUGAAGGACGAAGUAUGUUACCGAGCGAUUUCGUGAUGCCGAUCAAUGCCGAUACUAAGGCCGUGGAACUCAUUGGUGAAUCUCUAAAGGCAGCCCACCACUAUCUGCAACCGGCGCGCCUCUUGCAGUUCCGUAAGUAUUUGACCACAGCUCGAAUUAGCAGCUUUAGUGUCAGCGAGGAGCACACUGAGAUGAUACAACAGGACUUCGUGGAUAUGCGCAAGGCAAAUGUUAAAAGCAAUGCCGAUGACCUGCAUGGAUUGCUGGUCCUUUCCCGUCUACUAGGCAUUGCCCGGGGAAGGGAGACGCUAGACAAAGAAACCUGGCAGCUGGCUACCGAGUUCGAGGCAAAACGUCGCAGCCGCCUUCAGUCCCUACCGAAGUCAGCUGCCCAAAUGCGUACUUAAGGGAGACCCUAUU